GAAGAGGCGGCUCCCCCCGCACGAGUCGGGAGUGGUACGAUCCGCCCGGGCGGGGCCCGUCGCGCGGUGGGGGCGGGGCCGUGGAGCGAUGGCUGCGCCCUGAGCCGGCGGGUUCUUGCGGUGCCUGGUUUGUGGGAGCUGCUGGCUUUAGAGUAAGAGAAGCUGCCUCUAGCUGGAGACCCCCGGCUCUCUCCACCCAGGCGCCAUGGUGACUGAGGAGGAAGUGGAGGCCAUCGGCCGGACGCUGGUGGACACAAUGCAGCCCCUGAAGGCUCGUUUCCGAGCCCUCUUCACCCUGCGCAACGUGGGCGGCCAUGCCGCCAUCGACUGGAUCAGCCGGGCGUUCGGGGAUGAGUCUGCCCUUCUGAAACACGAGCUGGCGUACUGCCUGGGGCAGAUGCAGGAUGAGCGUGCCAUCCCCUGCCUGGUCCGGGUACUGCAGGACACCAGCCAGGAGCCCAUGGUGCGCCAUGAAGCAGGGGAAGCUUUGGGAGCGAUCGGGAGCCCCCAGGUGCUGGAUGUUCUGAGACGUUAUUCGGAAGACCCGGUGAUCGAGGUAGCCGAGACCUGCCAGCUGGCGGUCAAGAGGCUCGAAUGGCUGCAGAAGAACAAGGAAGCAUCUGGCGCCGGCCCCUACCUGUGUGUGGACCCGGCUCCCCCUGACGAGGAGAAGGACGUCGCCAAGCUGCGGGAGACCCUGCUGGAUGAGUCGCGCCCGCUGUUCGAUCGGUACCGCGCCAUGUUCGCCCUGAGGAACGUGGGGGGCGAGGCCGCGGCACUGGCGCUGGCUGACGGUCUGGUGUGCGGCAGCGCCCUCUUCCGCCACGAGAUUGGCUUCGUCCUAGGCCAGAUGCAGCACGAGGCCUGCGUGCCCCAGCUGACGGCGGCCCUGGAGAGCGUGGCGGAGAACCCCAUGGUGCGGCACGAGUGUGCGGAGGCGCUGGGCUCCAUCGCCAAGGAGUCCUGCCUGGAGACGCUGCGGGCGUUCGCCCAGGAUGGGGAGCGGGUGGUGAGGGAGAGCUGCGAGGUGGCCCUGGACAUGUACGACUACACCAACGGCCCCGAAUUCCAGUAUGCCGAUGGGCUGAGCAAGCUGCAGGCCUCAGACUGAGCAGGGAGCCUGCCCCGGCCUCUGCGGGGAGCUGGGUGGCUGCCGGAGGCAGCCCCAAGGCAGGGGAGCCGAGGCCGGAUUCACCCCUGCCCUGCACGACUGCUUGCACCAGGGCUGAGUGGGUGGGAAGCCGGAUCUGCUUAGUCCUGUGCGCUCUGUGUCCCGUGGGGGUGGCAGCACGCCUCUAGCGCUAGCUUGUUUCUUUGAGUCCCCAGGAUGGGCCAGCCCCUGUGAGGUUGGGAGUCAGGCUCCGUGCUGGGGUCCCAGGGCAGAGGUUUCAAACAGGCUGAACUACUGGAUCGUGACCCAGCAGCAGUCUGUGGGGGAGCCUGCCGGGGAUCCAGGGUCAGCCCGUCGGGAGAGCAGGGCUCGUCUCUCAAGUCACGGGCUGUGGGUGGGCACAAGGUUCUGUCACUUAGCUGCUCGGGCUGUGCCCACAGAGGCUCCCUUGUCUACGUCUGUGCUCCAGCUUCACUGCUGCUGUGGGGCCUAAUGCGUUGGGCAAAGCCCUGUGCUGUGCAGCGCCGUGGGCAGGUGUUUCAGGAGGCGACGCGCUGCUCAACGCGGCCGGGUGGUGCCUCGUGGCGGGGGCUGCAGCAGCCCGGAGGAGCCUGCGCCUUGCACCAGGAGCAAACACCAGCCAAAGCCUCUGCCCGUUCGCCCACAGCACCGUUGGGAGAGCCUCUGUCCCAGGGGUGGGGCUCAGACAGCCGGAGAGCACCUGGGUUUUCAACCUGUCCCCGGUCUUUGCACUGGCUUUGUACUCCCAGUGACGCGUGCUGUCCGGGGGUGACUGCUGUGCAGUGAGGCUGGGUUCCCGCUCUGAAAAUCUGCCCUUCGAUUUCCCUCUUAUCCGGGUUAUGGCAGAGAGGGAAGCCGCAUUGCCCCAGAGCUCCCCUCUGGUGCCAGCCAGGGAGCAGACCUCCCAGGGCAACACAAACCCUGGCCACAGCUGCCUUCUCUGAGCGCUGGCGGGUGGGCAGAGGCUCUGGUGGCACUGCUCUGGGGUCUCCCUCCCCGCGGGUCACAGCCGGCCUGUAGCACUGUGUGCACAGCGGAGGGCAGGGGUGUAGGGGCUGGAGGUGGGAGCUUUGUAGCUGUGUGCCAGCGAGUUCCCAACAGGAAUGCGAUCCAUUGGGGCUGGAGUAGGGGGAGCCCUCGCAGCGGGCAGGGCGCACUACCAAAGGCAGAGCUGGGCUAGUCUCUCCGCGCGGAUGGGGCCGUCUUGCAGCAGACGGAGCCUGUGGGGGCCUGUUGGGUACAGCCAUUCACUUGUACUGGGGCUGGGAAGGGCUUGCGGGGAAUAAAUGGAAUG